CGUGCUAGUAAUCUGUGUGUGAAAAGGAAUCAAGAGCAAUCAAGAGAAAGUUUAUCAGUUCUGGAGAAAUAUAAAGAAUUAAUGUAAAAAUAGUAUAAAUGUUCUCAAUUAAAACUAUGCGAUUUUAAACUAUCUGUUACAAACCUAAUUAGAAAAAUGGUCGAGCACUCUGUAGCUAACGAAAAUUUCUUUACUGAAAGUAAUAAAAUUGAGUGGCAACCUCUUUCUCUGACUUUGGUGGAAUAUCCUAAAGGAGACCUACUUGGGAAAUUCUUUGCUUUUAUGAGUUUAGCUCCAUUCGGCAUUGGAGCAGGAUUUGUUACUCUUAUUUUGUUUCGAAGAGAUUUGCAUACGAUAUCAUUCUUUUUGGGAACACUAGUCAAUGAAGUUAUAAAUAUUAUCCUAAAGCAUAUUAUUUGCGAAGCAAGACCAUUGGCAAGAGGAAAUUUAUAUAAUGAAUAUGGAAUGCCAUCAUCACAUUCACAAUUUGUCUGGUUUUUCAGUAGCUAUGUCUUGUACUUUUUCAUUAUAAGGCUCCAUCAUAUAAAUAACAAUAAUAUUAUAUCUCUACUUUGGAGGGUGAUCAUUGUUGGUAGCUGCAUUAGUCUAUCUCUGAUUGUUAGUGCAGCAAGGGUGUACCUGCACUACCACACAACAUCACAGGUUGUGGUGGGUGCUAUAGUUGGAAUUAUAUUUGGAACAAUAUGGUUUACUAUUGUCCAUCGAGUUUUUACACCAUUCUUCCCACAACUUGUAUCAUUAAAAUUUUGUGAAAUGCUAAUGAUACGAGACACAACGUUAAUACCGAAUGUGUUAUGGUUCGAGUACACGACGUCGAGGCAGGAAGCGCGUGCACGCGGCCGCAAGAUGGCAGCGCUGAAGCCGACUCAAUGAUGGUGCGCCCGCGUGCUGCCGCCGCAGCCGGGCUCUGCCUUCUGCACGUGACGACUGAUCGCCGCCGGCGCAGUCGCGCUGAUCGGCGGCAUAUUACUUAAUCAGAAAUACUACUGUUCUAUUGACACUAUAUUUAAUAUUUUUAAAUGUGAAUAGAAUGUUUAUUUUCUUUGUUUUA